AUGCCUAACUUGCUCGGGAGAAGCGUAUUCCACCAUAGCAAGGGCCUUCACGGUGCAGCCCACGACCCCAGCUCGCAUUCAGACACUAAUGUGCGCAGCAGCCGGUCGUUUCUCGGGUUUAUGAACCACACCAGCAGUCGCGAAUCGGUGGGUAGUGACUCUGGGAACGAGUCCCGCGGGAACAUCAAGCGUUCCGGUGGAUCCAUGAACGAGUUGAAGCGGUUUUUCCGUCCUGCUAUUUUGCACCGCAAACCGUCACAAAAUAAUCUGCGAAACGGGUCCCCAGACCACCAUUCACACACGCAAUCGGCCAUUCCUCCGUCUUCAGAUUCGACGCUGUCGUUAUCCAAUCGUGUCAACAUCUAUCACGAUGACUCCAUCCUAGCUCAAAAAUACGGGAAAUUAGGUAAAGUAUUGGGCUCCGGCGCUGGUGGAUCUGUGCGUGUCAUCACUAGACCUAGUGAUGGGGCAACCUUUGCCGUAAAAGAGUUCCGGCCCCGAAGGCCUAACGAACUGGUCAAGGAUUACGCGAAGAAAUGUACUGCAGAGUUUUGCAUAGGUUCAACGUUACACCACCCGAAUAUCAUAGAAACCUUGGAUAUAUUUAGCGAUGCGAAGCAAAACAAGUACUACGAGGUGAUGGAGUACUGCCCGAUCGACUUUUUCGCCGUGGUCAUGUCUGGCCAAAUGACCCGGGGUGAGAUUAAUUGCUGUCUUCGCCAACUUACGGAAGGUGUCAAGUAUUUACACGAGAUGGGACUCGCGCACCGAGAUUUGAAGCUUGAUAACUGUGUGAUGAGCACCGAGGGGCUUUUAAAGCUAAUCGAUUUCGGUAGUGCUGUUGUUUACAAAUAUCCAUUCGACUCUAACAUCACCAUGGCCCACGGAAUUGUCGGCAGCGAUCCUUAUUUGGCUCCGGAAGUAAUGACAUCGACCAAGCGAUAUGAUCCACAGUGUGUGGAUGUUUGGUCCAUUGGGAUCAUUUACUGCUGUAUGAUGUUAAAAAGAUUUCCGUGGAAAACACCUAAGGACACUGACGAAAACUUCAGGCUUUUUUGCCUACCUGACGAUGUCGAGCACGACUACGUUAAAUCCGCUCAAGAGCACGAAAAACUCAUGAAACAGAGACGUCAAGAGAAGCAUAGAAGUAGAAAGUUGAAGGAAGAGGCAGAUGAGAAUUCAACAUGCGCAGAACGCGCUCUACCGAGUCAAGCACCUGAAAAUGCAUCGUCUCGAUGCCAAAACGAGAAUGGAGGUCACCAGAUAGAGGAGGGAGUUGGAAAGAUUGACGACAGUAAAGCCACGCCGAAGAAUGAAAGGGAAGCACUAGGCGAGAAGCAAGGUGGAUCGCAAACUGUAAAAGAUCACGAGUCUCAAGCUGAAAGAACAACUAUGAAAGGGGAGCAGACUGUUGAACAGAAUGAUGAGCCCAGAGCAUCAACUCAUGAUGCAUCUCAGGCUGGUAUAGAGGAAAGGCAAUUACCAUCCAAGGCGUAUGCGCACGAUGCCGCAGAUCCACGGCCUUCAUCUCCAGUGCCCCAACUGCAUCAGCAAAAGCACAGAUCUCGCGAGCAUGGCAGGAGUAAAAGAGUGAUGAAUGGGCCCUAUCGACUUCUGCGUCUGUUACCACAUGCCUCCAGACCCAUAAUGUCUCGAAUACUAACCAUUGAUCCUAAGGAAAGGGCAACUAUGCAGGAAAUUUACCAGGAUCCCUGGUUUUCUACCAUUCCCUACUGUACUAAUGAUCUCAAAAAGGUUGUCAGACACGCUGCAGGUCACACGCACACCGUUGUAUGUGAAGAAGACGCACACUUGGAGCACUACGAAGGUAAACCCUAA